UAAUUAUUACAUAUUUAUUCUAUUUCUUGUCUAACUGAGAACUUUAUAGGUUUGGUGCAUUUACUUGCUGUACCAGUCAAGUUUUUGCUGUUACUCUCGUGCAUAUGUUGCUUUCCCAGAAUAGUAGUUUGUUUUUUACUAUUCUGACCUUGGGGUGGGGACGAGCAAGAGUAGGACGUGUGUAUAUAAAGUGUGAACCUCACUGUUGGACAUCUGAUGUUCAGACAAACGUUGCCAUGAAGGCCUUGGUAUUCCUGGUACUGCUUGAAGCUGCAUUUGCUGCAGCUGCAGACGAUAAGAUUGUUGGAGGCUACGAGUGUCUAAAACAAUCUGUUCCAUACCAUGCAUUACUAAAAAGGGGCUAUUUCUUCUGUCAUGGAGCCCUCAUCUCCAGCCAGUGGGUGCUGUCUACUGUUCACUGCUACAAUAUAGGUAUCAUGGUCCAGCUUGGUGAGCGUGAUGACACUGAGAACGAGAGCACUAUGCAGUUGAUCAACAGCGCCAGGGUGCUCAAACACCCGCUCUACAACAGCCUCACUCAGGAACACAACAUCAUGCUGAUCAAGCUGAUUACACCUGCAAUCAUCAACAGCUAUGUGCAGCCCGUCCCACUGCCCUCACGCUGCCCUGUGGCCGAUGAGAUGUGCUUGGUGUCUGGAUGGAGCAGCAGCACAUCUGCCAAGGGAAGUUACUAUUCAGCCAGGCUGCAGUGCCUGAGGCAGCCCAUCAUCAGUGACAGCAUCUGCAGGAGCAUCUACUUCUCCUUCACUGACAACAUGGUUUGCUGUGGAUUCAUGCAAGAAGUCACCGGCAGUUGCAGUAGAGACUACGGCAGCCCUCUGGUGUGCAGUGGACAGCUGCAGGGAGUGUUCGCCUGGGGUGACGAAAGCACCCCACCGGGGUACCCCAGUGUUUUCACGCGAGUGUGCCGCUACAUCAGCUGGAUUAAUGGCACCAUGCAGAACAGUUAAAGCAGAUGCAUGCGGUCACCACAUCUAUGACUUCACUGUCAGCAAACUCAGUUAUACACAUUUACGUGCAGCAAAGUGUAUAUAUAUUGCAUCACUCAUAUGCAUCUAAUCUAAUAGAUAUAUAUAAGUUGCAAUAAUGUAUGAAUAAAAGUACACUUUGCAAUCAU